AACGGCGGCGGCGGUGGAGCAGAAAGAAAGAGAGAAGGGAAAAAAAGCAAUUGAGUGAGAGAAAAAGAAUCAUUUGAAAAGAGACGAAAGGAAAUUAAAAGAAAAGUGAGUGAAAGACGGAAUAAGGAGAAAAAGAAGAGAAAAUGAAGAAGAGGGGAAACAGAAGAAGAUGAACAGAUGAACAUGAGGAGGAAAGAAAGAAAGUAAAUGAUUGAGGGAAUAAGGAAAAGAUGGACUGAGGAAAGGAAGGAAAAGAAGACUUGAAUGAAAAAUAGGAAAGGAAGAAAAUGACGGUGAAGAUGAAUAAGAAAAUGAAAGACAAAUAGAAGAAAGUGAACAGGUGAACGAAGAUAAGAAAGUGAACGACGAAGAGAAAAUAAUGAAGAAAAUGACGAAGACAAUGAAAAGAUGAACACUAGGAAAUAAAAAGAACUUGAAAAUAAAGACAUAAGAAAACAUUAAACAGAAAAUACUUACAGAGAUGAAAAGUUAGUCAGUAAAAGUCGUCAGUCAGUCAGUCAGUCAGUCAGUAGGCCACUCAGCUAUAAUUUCAUCAGUUAGUUAGUCAAUCAGCCACCCAGUAAAUCAGGCAGUCAGUCAGUCUUUCCGUCAGCUACAGUUCCGUCCAGUCAGUCAAUCAGUCAGUCAUUGGGCCACUCAGCUAUAGUCGGUCAGUGGGCCAGCUGCUAAAAUCCAUCAGUCGGUCAGUCAACUACAAUUCCAUCAGUCACUCAGUUAAUCAGUCACUCAGUCAGUAGGCCAGUCAUCUAUUACAACCCCCAUUCAGUCAGUCAGUCAGUAGGCCAGUCAGCUGUUACAACCCCCAUUCAGGCAAUCACUCAGUGGGCCAAUCAUCUAUUCCAACCCCGUGUCAGUCAGUAGGCCAGUCAGCUGUUACAACCCCGUGUCAGUCAGUAGGCCAGUCAGCUGUUACAACCCCUAGUCAGUCAGUCAGUGGUUGCGUGCGUGCGUGCGUGCGUGGUUCACCAUGUCCCUGUUGUCGCUCACCGCCAAGAUGGUCGCCGCCGUGCAGUGUGGCGGCGGAUCACUCAACUCACGGGCCAGAAGGAAGAAGUUUGACGACAACCAGUGGUGGGAGCUGUUCGACACCAACACCUCGAGGUUCUACUACUACAAUGCCACCUCGCAGAAGACAGUCUGGCACCGACCACAGAACUGCGACAUCAUCCCCCUCGCCAAGCUGCAGCAGAUCAAGCAGAACACGGAGGUGGCGGAGGACGAAGAAGGGCGGCGCGUGGUGCGGGAGUCCAUCGGCACACAGACGCCCGCAAAACUGACUCCUCCCUUCACCUCCCCUGUGGGCCCGUCCCCCCAGCAGCAGCUGCCGUCCCCCGCCCUGCAGCGGGGCCGCCACAGGAGCAAUGGCCCCCUCACCACCACCACCGCCGCCGCCCCCUCCCCCACCCCCCAUAAGAACGGUGUCCUCCAGGCCCUCCCCCACCACCCCAAACUGUCCCCGAGUAGUUCCUUGAGUUCCUCGCGCUCCUCCCUGAGCGGCCCCGGCCCCAUCCCCGGUCCCGUCCCCGGUCCCGGCUCGCUGCAGCGGUGCCACAGUGCCUUCCUGGGGCGGCGCGGCCCCCGGGGGUCCCUCCCAGGCAUGAGCAGUGGCACAGUGGAGGAGGGUGAUGCAGGGCUGGGCGGCGGGGCGGGGCGCCGCGGGUCACGGCUGAGGUGGUCGGGGCGGUCGGGUCCACACUCACGCCCCGGCCACUCUCCCGGCCCUGGGUCAUUGCAGAAGAAGGAAGCGGCGGCCCCGGUGGACGGCCUCUCCCUGCCCCACUCCCUGGCCCGCCGCGUCACCUCCCCCAACACCUCCGCCUCACAGGCACACUCCGCGCCCUCGCCACGGCCGGCACGCAGGCCCUCCGCGCCCUCCGCCACCUCCACCACCUCCCCCAGCGGCGGCGGCGGCAGGGGCAGCAGCAGCGGCAGCCACCACCACCACCACCACCGCCACACCGGGCCCUGCUCACACCACCACCACCACCACCAUCACCACCCCGAGGCCACCAACGGGGAGGCAGCGGCGGGGGGCAGCCGGCGGGUGCGGCGCAGCUCCCAGUCCUCGCAGGGGUCCGCGUCGCUGUCCUACGCGCGGCCCUACAAGCAGCAGGAGUCAGGUCGUUCCAGCGACAGCUCCAUGUCCCAGAGCCGCACGUCCCUGGAGAGCUCGGGGUAUCGGCUGCUGGAGUCCCCCCGGGGCGGCCCCAGGGAGACCAAGCUGCCCCUGGGGAACAGCCGGGUGGGAGAGCGCCGCAGCAAGGAGGGCGAGCCCGCAUCCUCCCCCCGCUCCCCUGACUCCCUGUCCUCCCAGUCCUCCCCCACCCAUCCCCAGGGGGGCCCCAGCACCCCCUCCGCCCACCGGCGGCCCCACCCCGACUGCCGGGAGCCUCCGCCGGGCCGGUACAAGGGCGGCGCCCCUCAGCAUGACUUUGCCCUCCUGCAGAUGUCCAAACAGCGCAGCUUCGACGUGUCCAACUACCCCAAGCGCUCCGAGCUCAACCUGGACCGGCCGCGGGAGAUCGCACUGUCCCGCAGCUACAGCUUCAUGUCCCGGCCGCGCUGCCACGACGAGGACGGCAUGCACGAGCGCUUCCUGAUGGCCAGCGGCGGCGGUGGUGGCAGCGGCAGCGGCCUGCGCUCCGUGGAGUCCACGCCACAGCCCCGCCGCCGCCACAAGCCCGAGGCGGCCGGCAGCCCCGACUCAUCCCUGGGUUCGCACGGCUACCUCAACCACCGGCAGCGCUCAGACAGCUCCGGCCUGGAGAGCCUGGCCACCCCCAUGAUGCACCGCAAGCAGCGCUCACUGGAGUCCGGCAAGGUGCGGCUGCGCGGCACAGAGCUGCGGCCCAGCAGCAGCGCCCACACCAGGCUGGUGGUGUCAGACUCCAGCCCCAGCCCACCCAGCCCCAAGCACGAGUUCUCACCCUUCACCUUUGAGUCCCCGCGCGGCCCCGACAGCGGCACCUCCACGCUGACGGACAAGGACACGCGCUCCAACUAUGGCCGCGGGUCAGCGGACAGCUCCCCCCACUCCCAGGUGGACUCCGGCUUGGUGUCCGGCACCACUGGCAGCCGCGGCUCCAUCGACAGCACCUCACGCCGCACUGACCGCCCCGACAAGGAGGCCACCAAGGGCCCUGCCUCCGAGGGCCAGGCCAAGGUGUCCCCAAGCAGGACAGCCAGCGAGCGUGAGGGCCGCCGCUGCAGCCACCGCCGCCACCACCACUGCAGCAAGCACCGCGCCGCCAACACCACCGCCGCCCCUGGGGGCACCACAACCGCCAGCGGGGCGCUGCCGGCCACCACGGACAGCGACCGCAGCGACACCCUGCAGAGCAGCAGCAGCUCGCAGCACCUGGUGCAGGCCGGCAGCGGCAGCGGCAGUGGCGCCAACAGCCACAACCACAACAGCAGCAGCGGCAGCAGCAGCACCGCCAAGCAGGCCUCACCUGGCAGCAGCAAGCAGGCCUCCCCCAGCACCACCACCACCACCAACACCACCACCACCACGACCACCACCACCACCACCACCACGGCCCAGGGCCAGAGUGGCCAGGGCAGGCAGGCCAGCAGCCCCCAGCACCGGGACCUGACGCACCUCUACUCCAACCUGGACUACGUGUACGAGCAGCCCGUCUACCAGUACAUCAUGGAGCAGGCCAAGCUCACAGGUUACCGGCUGGGUGACACGCUCUACGAGGACGGCGACUCCCUGCACAGCGACGACUCGGGUGGCAGACACGACGACAGCGAUGAGUUUGCUGACGACGAGGGGAUGUCCAACGCUGACUCAUCCUCACAGGAGUAUCUGGAGGACGUCAACUACCUGGCUGAUGACGAGAUGUACGCCGAGUUCUACAUGCCCUUCGGAUGGCGGAACAAGACCAAGCUGGACGACGAGGACCUAACCGACGGCACCAAGGACAGCGCGGCGCCCCCCGGUGGUCCUGGGGUGCCGGGGGUGACGUCACACCCGCCCCAGGUGGCCCCGCGAGUGACCCUGCCGUGCAACAUCCCCAGCGCAGCGCAGCACAUGCCCCCCAGCAGCCUGCCCCUGGACACACAGCACGCCUCACUCAGGAGGAAGAAGGACACACCAAAUCACCAGCCGCUGUACUCGCCCAUCCUGGAGAAGGGAGAGCUGCCUGGUGGUGUUGGUGGUGGUGGUGGUGGUGGCGGUGGUGGAGGUCAGCUUGGCAACCGUCCGCUCUCCAUCUCCAUUCCAAACAUGACUGACCCGACACUCACCACCAACCCUGUCACCGGGUCACUCCACCGCCCUUCACAGGGUCUGUCGGCACUCUCCCUCAUGAAGAAGCCACCCUCGGAGUCAGACUUUGAGCGUUACAGCGGCAGCGGCGGCCCUGGAAGUGGCGGCCCUGGCGGUGAGGGACACAACAUGGAGAAGUAUGCCCAGGAGAACCUCAACAUACAUACGCGGGGCCUGCUGAGGAAGAAGGUGCCGGUGAUGGACAUGAUAUCCUGGACCAAGGACCUGAUCCGCAAGCCCAUGUUGGCCACGUUGGACAAGUCCCUCAAGAACCAGGCGUGUGACCUCUUCCGGCUGGUGCAGAUCUACAUGAGUGACCGCAAGCCCAAGCCCGGGAUGACCCUCAACUCGGUGGGGCUGGACCUGGUCAGCACCUGCUUCAACACCGAGGGCCUGCGGGAUGAGCUGUUUGUGCAGAUAUGCCGACAGACCACGGAGAACCACAAGAGGGACAGCUUGCGCCGGGGGUGGGAGCUGCUGGCCAUCUGCCUCGCCUUCUUCCCCCCCUCGGACAAGUUCAACCCCUACCUGGCCGGCUACAUCUCCCGCCACUGUGACCCGGCCUUCUGCUCCAUGUUUCCUGAUGUUUCCAAGUGGCCAAUACACAUCCAGGUUGCUCACUACGCUGGUGUGUGCAUGAAGCGGUUGGAGCGGACCACCGUCAACGGCAAGCGUCAGCGGCUCAAGAAACCCACCCUGGAGGAGAUUGACCUGGCCCGCCUUCACAUCUUCAGGGCGUCCAUGUUUGGCGGCACUAUUGAGGAGGUGAUGGCACUCCAGCGGGACAGGUACCCGCACCGCCGCCUGCCCUGGGUGCAGACCACGCUCUCCGAGGAGGUGCUCAGACUGCAGGGCACCAACACCGAGGGCAUCUUCAGGGUGCCGGCGGACUUUGAGGAGGUGCACCAGCUGAAGCAGGUGGUGGACCAGUGGGAGGUGGGUGAGUGCGGCGAGGCCCACGUGUGCGCGGCGCUGCUCAAGCUGUGGUACCGGGAGCUGUACGAGCCUCUGAUCCCUGACUCGCUGUACCAGGCUGCCAUCAACGCCCACGAUGACCCCCUGCAGGCCGUGGAGCUGGUCAACAGCCUGCCUGAGAUCAACAGGCUCGUCCUUGCCUACCUCAUCAGGUUCCUCCAGUACUUUGCCCAACCGGAGAUCGUGGCAGCCACCAAGAUGGACGCCAGCAACCUCGCGAUGGUCAUGGCCCCAAACUGCCUGCGGUGCACCAGCGACGACCCGCGCAUCAUCUACGAGAACACCCGCAAGGAGAUGGCCUUCAUCCGCACCCUCAUACAGAACCUGGACACGGCCUUCAUGGAGGGUGUGGUCUGAGGGAGGGAGGAGGAGGAGGAGGAGGGGCGACGCAGCACUGGGGGACAUGCAAUUGGACACAAGGGGAAUCGUUCUUUGUGUUGGUGUGUUCCUGAGGAGGUGUUGUGGUGGUGGUGGUGGUGGUGGUGGAGUUGGUGUUGCCACGAUUCAUUGGUGCUUUGUUUUGCGCAGCCCUGCCUGGUGCGUCUUGUGUUGCUAUGAACAGACACACACACACACACACACACACACACACACACACACACACACACACUUACACUCAUACACAUACACACACCCUCAGGUCCUGUAUACUACAACUAGGUAAACACACACACACACACACACACACACACACACACAGCACAAGCCAACACGCACAUCGCUGAGUAAAUACCAAAAAGCAGAUUAAUAUUGUUUUCCCAAGUAUCUCUUUGUUCUGUGUUCAUUGUUUGUGGGUGUGUCUGCCAGCCCCCCCCCCUGUGUGGUGGUGGUGUUGCCCUCCAUCACCCAGCGCCCACCCUUGCAUUCUUGCCUCACUCAUAGCCCGAGCAGUUUUGUCUUAUCUGUGUUGCCUAGUGUGUCGGGGCCGCUGAGUCCCGCCUGCGCUUCUCUGCCGCGUCCCCGCCCCGCCCCGCCCUGCACAGAGUCCGCCUGUAUACUCCAUUACGUGUCUUUGUUUUUAUUUUUAUACUCUAAAGCCGAGUGUUCCAGAAGUCUACUUAAGGAUGAUAUUAAGGGUAUCUAAAUAUUUGCUUUUAUUCCUCUCCAUUAGGACGUUACUGUUAAUGUAGUUAAUUUAGAGACAACAUUCCAAAGAUUUGCAAAGUUCAACAUUGGGCCAAGUUGCAUUUACUGUAGAAGCCUAAGGAACCGCCUUCCUCCCUUCCUCCUCCCUCCCUCCCUGCCCGGGCCAGAGGACGCCACACCCGGCAGCGGCCCGUGCAGGCGACUUCUGAUAUUCAGAACGUCAGUAUCUGUAGCGGACCUGUGGACGGACCCUUCCAGGAGGAGAACUGCUGUGUUGGGGCUGAACCAAAGCCUGCUGAUUGGUCUGUGAGAAAGAAACCAUGUGGCUGGUGUCCACCUGUCUGUGGCCCACGCAGCAGCAGACACAGCCACGGCAGGGGAACACUGACAUUAUGGAACAGAGGGUGAGGUAUCCACUGCCCUCCCUUGGCCAGGCUGAGGUGGUGACUGCAACACCUCACCCUCCAGUGUUGCUCCACCUCAAACACUCACUAACUUGUGCUUGAAAACACACCUGCUGCCCACCACCAGCCGUGCCACAGACAUGAAGGCUGACACUGGCCCAGCCACGGCCCAUGUGCCACAGACAGGCCAGUGGGUGUCGGGCCUUGUGGAGUGGGCUGACGCUGGGAAGGAGACGCCCCUCCUCCCGGGGAAGGGUUAAGGCGUAGCAUGCUAGCGAGGUCCUGCCUUGCCACCCUGUUAUCUAGUCCUCAAUGUGUACAGAACCUUUCCCUUACCUCUCAUGUGCCAACUCAGACAAAUGAGAAACAAAUCAAAGCUUCUCCGUUUGCAUUUGUUACGGCACACACACUCACUACCAUAGCUUUGUAGGAGACUUAAGGAGACCCAUUGAGAGGAUAUUUUUUUAUGCCGUGUUCACCGCAGCAUGUUACUGUCUCAUUCACUCACACACACACACACACAUCAUCUUCAGAGGGACUUGAGCUUUCACAUGUAUUUUCUAGCCAGGAAAAUGAUGGAGAGGCCAAGAACAACAACAACAACAACUGUCUGUCUGUUGCAUAAAUGUAUUUUCAUAUAUCGCUUAGUUACUCUGGACGCGUCGUAAUGUGUCGAGGCCUUUACACUGCUCUCUGUGUGCCAGGCUGGUCAAACAGUGCCAGCUACACCACUUGGCACCCCCCUCACCCCCCCGGAGCCCUGGCCACACCCUGAGACUAUAAGCAGAUCCCCCUUCCCCCCUCCCCCCACACCUCCUCACCACUCAUUCAUUCCUUAGCCAUAGUGCCGGUGUGUGUGUGUGUGUGUGUGUGUGUGUGUGUGUGUGUGUGUGUGUGUGUGUGUGUGUGUGUGUGCCUGCAGAACUCACUCCUGCUGUACAUUUCCUGCCUGGUUGGAGUUGCCCUUGAGGGAUGAGUAGCCUUGGAGUGGUGAGUCUGUGAGGGGAGAGGGGUGUUGGUGAGGGGUGAGGGACAUCUGCUGGGAGCUGCUUCUGCUACUCCUGCUGCCAAGGCCACAGACAGACAGACAGACAGACAGACACCAGGAUGCUGGCUGGCUGUGGAGCUGCCAAGAAUCUCUGGAGGACAUUCACUCUUAGUUGUCAUCCUGAGGGGAGGCAGCUGUGCGGUGGACGCCUCCUCGGCAGCCCCUGUGGCCCGGUGAGGGUGUGGGUGCUGUGAGGUGUCUGGGCUGUGGGGGGUCUGCGGUGGGCCGGGCCGCAAGCUGCUGCCUGGCGUGGCCAGGGUGGCGGCCAUCAGGGUGUGGUCGUGGCCAGCUUGGUUGUGGUGUCACAGAGGAGCAGUUUUUUGCGAGACAUUCGUUGACACCCAACUAUAUAUAGAGUUGUUAUUUUAUCAUUUAGCUUGUACUUGUCUUUAUAACGGUGUGUGGGGCAAGAUUAUGUGUAUCACAGCAAUACCUGCACUGUGUUGUGGCUGCACCUGUUGGCAUGUUGGCCCUCAGCUCCCCACACAGAGAACCUGAGCCACAGGCAGCGUGUGGCCGGUGCAGGACACCACAGCGUGUGGCCGGCGCAGGACACACACCAAGGAAGGCCGGCUGUGUGGCCGUGGCUGACAGCAGGGCUUCGUCAGGGCUGGACAAUGCUGAGGCUGCAUGGCUGGCCAGGCGGCCCUGGCUUUGUCUGGAGCAGCGUUGCAGCAGACUCAGGAACUCGGGGAGGUGACCUUCCAAGUUUCAGCCGUGCAGAGUCAGCUGUGCUGCCUUAUUGCCUCAGGGUUUUGCCACAGCCGUGCAAAAGCUGUGCUGCCUUACCCAGAGCCUUGCCACAACGAAGACCAUCCAGGCGGCGGGCUGAGGCCACCCCUGGCUGCUGCCCUGCUGCUGCUGUGGUGGUCAGCACAGCCUGGUGGUGCGGUGCUCUGUUCAGGCUGCUGCACACCACCCCCCCAAGUGGCCUGAACACGGGCAGCACCCACCCUGGUGCCCCUCAGCACCCUGGCGCUCCUCAGCCCAUGGCGCCCCUCAGCAGGGAACUGUGUCAAGGGUUUGUCCCACCCUCCCACAGUGCUUUGUGCAGGACUCAGUGGCUGCCACACAGUGUGCUGCAUGCUGGCCUGGCUGACACUGUGGCUGUGUGCAGCCUGCCAGCCACCCUGCCACUGCCUGCACAGCCUGACAGAAGAGAAAGAGGACACUGGUCCAGAGAUUUGCAGGAGACUGAACAGCAUCAGAAAGAAGCCUAUGCUUUCAUGGGAACUCGCUUAACAUAGUGAUGCCUAGCAUAUAUAUAUAUAUAUAUAUAUAUAUAUAUAUAUAUAUAUAUAUAUAUAUAUAUAUAUAUAUAUAUAUAUAUAUAUAUAUAUAUAUAUGUAAAGUCUGUCUUGGAAGUUUGUCUGGUUUUGUGUGUGGCUGGGGUGGUGUGUGUGGCACAGUCCUGCUGAACACUUCCUGUACAGUAUUUAGGGUUUGGCUUGUGGCUGGGGCAGCACAAUCCUGCUGAACACCUGUACAGCAUUUAGGAUUUGGCAUGUGCCUGGGAUGGCACAGUCCUGCUGAACACCUGUAAAGAAAGCAUUUAUGGCUUGGCCUGUGCCUGGCCUGGGUGGUGUGUGCAGCACAGUCCUGCUGAGCACCUGUAAAGAAAGCAUUUAUGGCUUGGCCUGUGCCUGGCCUGGGUGGUGUGUGCAGCACAGUCCUGCUGAGCACCUCCUGUACAGCAGCACUUAGGGUUUGGUUGGUGUUGGCUUCAGCACUGGUAGCUAUGCAGCAUUUUCUGUUUGGAAACUGUUAAGUAUGGAGUAUUAUAAUUUAAUUUUGAUGCAGUGUACAGAUAUUCUGAUGUAAUAUACAUUGACAUUGUAUAGCUGUGUUUCACAAUGUUGAAAGCAUUUAAAAUAAUUUGUAUAAUGUAUAAAUAUUAAAAGCUGUAUGCUAAUUUUAACAA